CACUACGGCUCGACCCCGAUCUCCGUACUCGCCGAUUUUCUCAGACAGACCUGCAGAAGCCUCGGCCCUUCGAAACCUCAGUACGGCGACCCUGCUACCUCGGCGCAAAGCUGGUUCCGAUCCGGCGCAGUGAGAUUCAAAGUACAAUGGGCCGAAAAGCAGGAGCACUGUACAUCAACCCCAAAAAGUUUGGUUCGCUUCAAAAGCCAUGCAUGAAGGAAAUGAUAUCAUUUCUCAAUUGCUUGGCAUUAAGCCAGAACAAUGAUGAGAAAUGCGUCCGGCCAAAGGAACUUUUGAGUGCUUGCAUGGAUGCUCAGAGUGGAAGAAACAGAACGGCUUGGGGAAGCAUUAAUUAUCACCUGCAGAGGCUUAACAGGGGAAGGAAGUAGUUCAGCUGCGUAGAGCGGCUGGUUGAAAUUGAUAAGAGUUUCCAAUUGAAGAAGCCAAGUAGAAGAUGAUAUUCAGUGCCGAGUCUGAACAUUUGAGCAAGUCCUUGUCUGUUCCCGCAUUUGAAAAUUUUUUGGAACUUGGUUCUUUUCACUUGGUUUAAGUUUCUAUUUUAGGAAAGAAAUAAUUUAACCGGAGUGCUUCAUUAUGAGAGCUGAAUUUACGCUC